UCAGGAGAUCCUGAGUGUUACUCCUUUGUUUUAUUUGUAUUACAUGUCCACCCACUAGGGGCACUGUUAUGCCAGGAGCAUGUGUUUUGGGUUUGUGUUCUUCUUCGUCGCUCUCUGUAUGUCUGUUCGGGGGAUGCACAUGGCGGAAUAAAGCUGAGUAAAGAAACGAGUUAUUUCUUUUAGUUAACAUUGGUAGCAGAGGAUGGUUAGUAACUACAGAGUUCCGCCAACGUUUGAGGAAGGAAAGCCUUACGAAAGCUGGAAGAAUGAAGUCAACAUUUGGACGAGAGUUACAGAUUUGGAGUCGAAAAAGCAAGCGCUGGCUGUCGCCCUGGCCCUGUCUGGAAGAGCGCGGGACACGGCGAUGGAAAUUCCGGUAGAUGAUCUAAAUAAAGACACUGGAGCAGGAAGCUGUCUGGAGGCUCUCGGCGCUGGCAAACCUCUGCUGGUCGUCGUCAACGACAAACUGAUGAACAACCACCAGCUGGAGCUGGCCAGGCAGCUGCACACGGACCACCACCUGCUGUACUGCACGUGCAGCACUCUGACGGAGACACUGAGGAACAUGGACCUGUCUGUGCUGCAGCCGUUCCCACCUGGACAACCAAAGAACUUUGCAAACUUUUUAGACAAAGCUCUCGGGUUGAAAUGAAACCUGUCUUCCCACGAGUCUGCCGGAUGUUUGUUGCUCUGAGUGAAAUGAGUUUUAUUUUUCAAAUAUAAUGGAUUUAUUUGCUGACUUUUCGAAAUGUCUUUUUUUUAACACAACAAGAAGGUUAUUUGGAUACUAAUCUUAGAAACUGAUGGGUUUUUAGUCAAAAGGAAGAUGAUUUUUUUUACAUGUAAGAAGUAGAAAAAACAGAUAAUUGCAUUAAAAUGUUAAAAGGAGAAGUCAAAACUGAAAAACAAUUUCUCUAGGAAAGUAUUUUAACCAAACAAGUCAAACCCAGGCCAUCAGAGCUCAGGAUUGGACACUCAUAUAGACAAAUAAAAACAAGUGUUCAAGCCGGCGCUUGUGAACCAACUGAGAUACUUGGUUCAAUUUCAGCAAACUGAAGCUUUUCAGAUGAAUUGUUCCAUAUUAAAAACAUUUUGCCUGCACAGAUCA